AAAAUGGACAGCCGUCCCCAGAAUAGUCUGCUGGGGACAGAGACUCCAGCGUCCAGAAUGGAUGUACCUGAUGUCUAUAUAGCCCCUCUGUGGACACCUGGGCCUCUCAGGCCUUCAGCCAAGACUUCUGGCAGUAAUUAAAGGUUCUGCAUAAGCUGCUCCAGGUGCUUCUGAGGCAGGACCAUGCUCACAUUCAUGGCUUCUGACAGUGAGGAAGAGGUCUGCGAUGAACGGACAUCCUUGAUGUCCGCCGAGAGCCCCACAUCACGCUCCUGCCAGGAGGGCAGGCCGGGCCCAGAGGAUGGAGAAAACACUGCCCAGUGGAGGAGCCAGGACAGCGAGGAGGACUGUGAGGAGGAUCCAGACCGCUAUGCCUGCAGUGGGGUUCCUGGGCGGCCGUCGGGCCUGGAGGAAGAGCUGACCCUCAAGUACGGGGCGAAGCAUGUAAUCAUGCUGUUUGUGCCUGUCACACUGUGCAUGAUCGUCGUGGUGGCCACCAUCAAGUCCGUGCGCUUCUACACAGAGAAGAAUGGGCAGCUGAUCUACACACCCUUCACCGAGGACACGCCCUCAGUGGGCCAGCGUCUCCUCAACUCUGUGCUGAACACCCUCAUCAUGAUCAGCGUCAUCGUGGUCAUGACCAUCUUCCUGGUGGUCCUCUACAAGUAUCGAUGCUACAAGUUCAUCCAUGGCUGGCUGAUCAUGUCCUCUCUGAUGCUCCUGUUUCUGUUCACCUACAUCUACCUCGGAGAAGUGCUCAAGACCUACAACGUGGCCAUGGACUACCCCACCCUCUUCCUGGCCGUCUGGAACUUCGGGGCAGUGGGCAUGGUGUGCAUCCACUGGAAGGGGCCGCUGGUGCUGCAGCAGGCCUACCUCAUCGUCAUCAGCGCGCUCAUGGCCCUGGUGUUCAUCAAGUACCUGCCGGAGUGGUCUGCCUGGGUCAUCUUGGGUGCCAUCUCCGUGUAUGAUCUCGUGGCUGUGCUGUGCCCCAAGGGGCCACUGAGGAUGCUGGUGGAAACUGCCCAGGAGAGAAAUGAGCCCAUAUUUCCUGCCCUGAUAUACUCAUCUGCCAUGGUGUGGACUGUGGGCAUGGCAAAGCCGGAUCCCUCCUCUCAGGGAGCAUUGCAACUCCCCUAUGACCCGGAGAUGGAAGAAGACUCCUAUGACAGUUUUGGGGAGCCCUCAUACCCUGAAGCCUUUGAAGCCCCCCUUCCUGGCUAUCCAGGGGAAGAGCUGGAAGAAGAAGAGGAAAGGGGUGUGAAGCUUGGCCUGGGAGACUUCAUCUUCUACAGUGUCCUGGUGGGCAAGGCGGCAGCCACCGGCAAUGGAGACUGGAACACCACACUGGCCUGCUUCAUCGCCAUCCUCAUUGGUUUGUGUCUGACUCUCCUGCUGCUUGCCGUGUUCAAGAAGGCCCUGCCCGCCCUCCCCAUCUCCAUCACCUUCGGGCUCAUCUUCUACUUCUCCACGGACAACCUGGUGCGCCCUUUCAUGGACACUCUGGCUUCUCACCAGCUCUACAUCUGACGGGAGACAGGCGUGGCCCUGCGGACUGUAAGAAGCGUCUCUGAAUGCAGGUGUAUAGUUUUCCACUCUAGUGCCAUAUAUUUUUUAAAAAAGCAACUUUCCUUUCCUUACAAAAAAAAAAAAAGAAUUAAAAAAAAAGUGUCGUGUUUACUUUGUGACGAGGAAACAGAAGCUGCUCUUUGGUGCUAGGUGUCUUGUCACCAGACUGUGGCUUUCCUGCUGGGACAUCCGUGGCCCCAGUGGGAUGCUUGGCACGAUUAUCUUCAGGGAUGAGGUCACAUAUGCAGAGCAGGUUGGGGAGGAUGCAGGCCCCAUGCAGGUCUGUUAUCCUCUGGAGUUGAACAGAAGGACCAUGUGCAAAUCAGUGGGGACCAGGAGACAUGGUCAGGAAGGACACUAAGUGCCAUCACCCUGACCAGAGGCGAAAGAGCCAGUUUGCGGUCAUGGAUGUCCCCGGUGCUUUGUUUGUGAUGUCUCUGUUACUUUAGUUCCUUUAGAAGCUGAGUCCUGUUCUUAUGACAGCAGUGACUGCUGGAGGUGGCUUAGUAUCAAUUCCAAUAAAUAGAUGCUCCUGUUGGAAUGUCGGUGUUUGGUCCCUCUGUUAACAUAGCCCCUUCCCUGCAUCCUGGGGCUCUCCGGAGGGGAGGUGAUGCGCACUGUGUACCAGGGAGGAAGGGAUUUAACCCAUUAUCGGGGAAUUGGGGAGAGAGGUUUAAUUGCCUUGACCCUCUGCACUCAGUUCUUUAGAAAGUUCCACAGUACAGCGUUGGGAGGCACUGGGACAGAAGCCUGCCGGGACCCCACAGAGCCCUGACCUUGGCAGGUUGUCUGUGGCCACAGAAAUGCGGCAAGGGAGCUGCUAAGAUGCUGAGUGGUUCCUUUGACAGCUGUCUGUUCUCAGGAGCCAGCGAGCCCUGAACCAGGGGGCCACCUGAGCUCAGAGAGUCGCUCCCAGUCCCUGCCCAUGGUGAAAGGCAGGCCAGCUUUGCCCUUCCUCAGCCUGGCACAGGUUGCAGAGUCUCGGAAGUCCCUCUGGGUGGGGCCAUGAGGCUACAAAAGAAACUACUGGCUAGGCUGUUGCCCUGCUGGGGCUGCGGAAAAAACCCAGGUGUUGCUAGCUCUGUCCUUUGCUCCAGAGGGAACCCCGUGAACUGCUGAUUAGUGGAAGAGGGAUGAGGUGUGUGUGUGUGUGUGUGUGUGUGUGUGUGUGUGUGUGUUGGUGUUUGAUGGGAGAUUUCUUCCCCCUGAGCUACUUGCUGAGACAGAGCAGAGAUCCAAGACUAGCAGAGGCUGCUUGCUGUCACGAUGGGAGGUGGUUGGAAGCUGGGGCGUGGCUGGGACUGAGACAGAGCAGAGCCUGAGAGACCAGGGAGCAGUCACGGCUGAUGCUGAGCUCAUCCCUGGAGGAAAAAGCUCCAGGGGCUGGAGGAAAAACCCAGAAAGUUCAUUACAUUUGUCAGUUAAGGAAAUGUUUAUCUUCCACAGAGCGGCUCUGGGGUGGAACAUCUAAGGAGAAAAUUAGCAGCUUAAAGAGAUAGCCUGGGGUGCUGGGGACAAGGCCACAAGCAGAGGUAAAAGUGGAAGUAGAGGUGUGUCCCCACCACCACAUAAACACGCUGACACCAAGGGAGUGAGACUCUCUCCGCCCCUAAAGGGCCCAGUGAGGAAAGUGAAGAAUAAUGGGAGAGAAAGAAAAGCUUCUGGAAUAGAUUCAACCUGAUGUCCUCCCAGCAGGACCCAGCACCCUGGCGGAAAAGAAAGCAGGAUAGAUUCCAACAUUCCGAAAGGGAUGGUCUGCAAACCCUAUACCUGCUCCCACGGAGCCAGUCAGCUAACAGCUUCCUUAUUUGUCUCAGAAAUAA